CAGUUGCCGUGGCAACCCCCUUCCCAGCCAAUUACCAGCUUCGGGCCUACUCCGUUGCCGUGGCAACCUCUCGCCCGCGGCUUGCGUGACGCCUGCGCCGACUAGGCCUCGCCUCCGCUUACUUCCCUUUUCCGUUCCGGACGCGAUGGGCGCCGUGGACCCGGCCUUCGUGGUGGGCUACUUGGCGGAGGUGGAAGCCCUGGCCGAGGAGGUGAUGGCCGGCCGGCAGCAGAUUGUCGAUUUGGAUCAGAAGCGAAAUCAGAACCGGGAGGCGUUGAGGGCUUUAAGCAAGGAGCCGGACUCUUCAGGUCAGGUCAUGGUUUGCUUUGGCGACAUGUUUGUGCAGCUUCCAAAACCGAAGACCAAGGACAUGUUGCAGAGAGAUCAAGAGCUCCUAGAUGAAGAAAUAGCCAAACUGCGAGAAGAACUAAAAGUCAAAGUUAACCGUCUCCUGGAAGCACAAGGUAAGCCGGAACUGAAAGGCUAUGACCUGAAACCGUUAAAUGCUGAAGAAAUGUGGUUCCUGAGAAAAGUGGUGGACGGCUGAAGCAGUGCUUGUGGAAUUGACGUGACAGCUUCUCCUUCCACAGAAAAACCAAGAGAAAGAGCGCUACUCAGGAGUACAAAAUGCGGUUUCGCUCACAGAGCUGUGCUCCUGAGGCAGAGCAUUGCUUCCUCUGUCGAGUGUCUUGCUUUUGUGUGAGAGGGUGGAACAGACAUGUGCAAACUUGGGCCCUCCGGGUGUUUUGGACUCCAACUCCCACCAUUCCUAACAGC